AUGCGCAUGUCCACCAUCUUAAACAACACGCGAGUGAGGAAUAGUCUGGACUGCCCGGACAACUCAACAUACGCUUUCGUCGGCUGCCAAGGAGCCUCGGGCAGUGUAUACGACACCACAGGAGGCACAUUCAGCCAAGUCGUCAACAUCAAAGACUGGAACGUAACAACAAUCGACGCUCAGCCUGAAGAUGGCGAAACGACGGUACUCCAUGGAUACGAUGUCGCAAACUUCACCGAUGCUCCAGCCGUGGCCUAUGGAUACCCUUUCGAGGUAUGGGCCGACUAUGAUUCCAUGAACAAGAGCGCCAUUGCAUUUGGUCCAAACUCGUCCACCCUCGACAGCUUCGUAAGGAACGACCUGGCGCCCACGACAAGCUUCAGCCUGGACUAUGGCUCAACAUCAGAGCUCUAUCCUCGCGACGGCCAGCUAGUCAUCGGCGGCUACAACGAAGCGCGGUUCAACGAGUCCCAGGUCGCCGAGUUCAGCAUGUGGGGGGCCAACGCCCCAGUCCCGUGCCCUCUCCAAGUUCUCGUGGCCGACAUCGUUCUCACCAACACGGACGGCGAUCACUCCCUCUUCGACCCCGGCGUCAAGGUGGCCGCCUGCAUAGACACUGUGCAGAACAGCUUCACUCUCACACAGAACAUGUUUGCCAAAUUCCAGAGCCUUGGCAACCACACCGCGACUGACGGGCAGACAUUUGGUGAAUCCGACUUCCCCAGGGACCGCGAGUCCCUCCUCGGCUCCUUGACGAUCAAGCUGUCCGACGGCUACACGAGCGUCAUCCCUCACUACGAGCUUGUCAGUCACGUUCGCGGCACCGACGCCCGCGGCAGAUAUGCUGUGCUGAACAACAGCCGAAUCAGCACCACGGUCGCCUCGGGCAUGAGCGACCUUGGUGAUAAUAUUCCCAUCCUCGGCGGCGUGUUCCUGUCGCAGAACUAUCUUCACGUCGACUAUGACGCGGGCAAAUUCUGGCUAAGUCCGCAAGUCGCCAACGGCACUUUGCCCGACCACAUCACAUCAUCCUGCAACGGCACCUCGUCCUCAAGCGGCGGUAACCAAACUGCCCUGGGCAUUAAAGUAGGCGUGCCCGUAGCCAUGGGCGCCGCCCUCAUUGCCUUCCUCGGCCUCUGGUUUUGGCUGAAGAACCGCAAGCCCAAGCAGAACGGACAGUUCGCAGGCGCGUCUCGCCCCAUCCCACGAUCCGAGAAGCGCGACGCGCCGGACUCCAAGUCUUCUACCACCAACUUCGCCGGCUACCACAACGUCAACCACGCAAAUCCGGAUGGCCAUAUGGAACUCGAAGGCGACCUCGGCCAUUCUGUAGGACACCAACAACAACGGGCCGAACUAGCGGAACCCGCGCCGGCAUAUAAGUCGGAGUGGCCCCGGCAGAACUCUAUUCAAGGCGAGAACGCCGCGUAUUACGAACAAUUCGAAGAGCCAGGCGAGAGUUACGAGCUCGCGGACACGUCACCGCACUCUCAACAUACACAACCCCAAGAACUUCCGCAACCUCCACACCCCCAGGUCAUUAUCCCACCGACGAAUCCACCUCCUAUUAAACGGAAGGAUACCGGCUUAAGCGAUUGGGUGCCGAGUCCUGCGACGUUAAAGAAGCAGUUUUCGGGAUUCGGCGAGGCUGUGUCACCGACGAGUACACGUGCGAACAGCACGAGGGUUAAUCCACAUAUUUCUCCCGUUUAG